CGCCCGACUAACGACUGAAGAGAGCUGGGCCUGAGGAGAAAGAGAGUGGGUAAGAGAAGUGUUUUCCAUUGGCCCGCAGAGGAGCGAUGUGCUAGGGAAAUACAAAGGUAGAGAGGGGAGUGUGAAAGUGGCUGGGGAGAAGGAUUGAUAGAGGGGUCUUCUGCUGGACUUGGGUAGAGAAAAGAAAAGCAUUUCAGUCGCAUGCUGGUCUAAGACCUAUUGUGGACCGCUUAGGACCUGGUUGCUGGUUGGACAUGGGCCUUUUUCUGACUGGUCUAGGACUACUGCUGUGCUGUUCCGUCUCCUCCUCUCACAGACUGACCCCCUCAGGGAAAAACGUCUGCCAGGACCUCAGGGAUCCCUCCACACUGGUCUGUUGUACUGGAUGGAGACGGCAGGGCGAGGAGUGUACGAUACCUGUGUGUGAUGGAGAACGGACCUGCCAGCUGGAUGAGGUGUGUGUGUACCCAGGUGUCUGUCGCUGUCGUCCUGGCUAUUAUGGAGCCCACUGUAAGACGCGCUGUCCUCCAGAGUUCUGGGCCCCAGACUGUCGUGAGCUCUGCAAGUGUCACCCUCACGGGCGCUGCGACCCUGUGACAGGCAAGUGCACAUGCUUACCCAACCGCUGGGGGCCGCUCUGUGAGAAUGCCUGCCAGUGUGGCCUCCAUGGGCACUGCCACGCCUCGGAUGGCAACUGCACCUGCGACGAAGGCUGGUGGACCCCCACCUGCGCCAAGCAAUGCCAGUGCUACCCGGGCACCUCCACCUGUGACCCACUGACCGGCAGGUGUCAUUGUUCCAUGGGGUACUGGGGUCCGAGGUGCAACCGGCGCUGUAGCUGCUUUGUAUCGCCGUGCCAACAGAAGACAGGGGUGUGCGAGUGCCAGAACGGUUGGUGGGGUCCAAUGUGUGACCGGCGCUGUAACUGUAACCUGUCGCACAGCCAGUGUGACCCGGCCAGCGGGGAUUGUCUCUGUCAUCCCGGCUACAAGGGAAAGUUCUGCAACGACCCCUGUGGACCAGGGGAGCAUGGCAGUGGCUGCAGACUAAGCUGUGGUCACUGUAAAGGAGGCCAGUCGUGCUCUGCUGUCGAUGGUGUUUGUUUGGCCUGCGAGCCGGGGUGGAACGGCACACGUUGUGACCAGCCGUGCCCGCAUGGUUACCAUGGAGACCACUGCCAGGAGGCAUGCCCACGCUGCCGAAAUAGUGAACCGUGUGACCCAAGGACAGGGGUGUGUUCACACUGUGAACCAGGCUGGACUGGACCCAGGUGUGACGAGCCAUGCUCCAACAGGACAUUUGGGGACGGCUGCCGCUUCCUGUGCAAUCCCUGUUUCCAUGGCCACUGUGAUCACAUGACAGGAAGUUGUGUCUGUGGGCCUGGGUUCCAGGGAGAAAGCUGUAACAGCACCUGUCCAGAUCAUCUGUAUGGCUUUAACUGUACCUCUAUCUGUGACUGUGGAGAGGGUGUGUCCUGCCAUCCAGCAACUGGGGACUGUCCUUUCAGUGGUCACAGGGCUCUGAUUGCUGGUCUCCUGUUCCCUCUCCUGUUGGCCUUGCUGUGUCUGCUAUGUUGCUGCUGCUGCUGUGGGGGACCAACUGAUGGCAAAGACAGGGUAGCGGUGGGUGAUGGGGGAACCUCUGUCCGUGUGAAGCAUCAUGUGUACAACGUCAUGGCCAACGUGAGCUCUGCUGUACCGUGUUUCUCUGUCUGGUCGUCUGGGCUGCCCAGAGUCACAGUGUCCCACCAUGACCCUGAGCUGACAUUCAACCACAGCUUCAUAGAGCCUCCCUCCUCAGGCUGGGUCACGGACGGGUCCUCCUUUGACAGUGAUGAGGAGACUGGGGAGGCCCUUUACUGCGUCCCCCCCAGAGAAGACAUCCCAGCGGUGGCGGGCGGGGAGUUUCAGGAGUUCCAGCAUGAGAUGACUUCUAAGUGUAACAUCUUCCCCGACCCGUCGUCCUUCAGCGUCAGCGGAGAGGACAUUUCCCUCCCAUUCGGAAUCCCCCGCACGUCCAGCAUCGCCAAGUCAAAACGCCCCUCUGUCUCCUUCGCCGAGGGCACCAAGUUCAGCCCCAAGGAGCGCUGUGGCUCCAACCACGACCUGACACCCGGAGCCCCCCGCCCCAAACCGAAGUCCCCCUGGGGUGUCCUGGCGCUGUCGGCACUCCAGGCUCAAGGAGGCAAGACCUUGGAGGGGGACGUAGCAGCCGAGACUAAGGGUGAGGUAGAUGAAGCUGGACGUGGGACUGGACCUUUGGAUGAGCCAGGAUCCAGUAAUGAAGCGGGGGACCCGGAGGCGGACCGGUUCACCGUCACUCCUUCCAGAGCCGUGUCCGGCCUGCCGUCUGGAGCAGCGCUGGGGCGGAGACGCACCUUGUCCAAUGCAGCUUUUACCAGGAAGGGUAGCCAGACGACCGACUCCUCUACUGACGCCCAGCUGGCAGAGCUGAAUAACGGUGUGGAUAAGGUCACCACGGUGUACGUGACAGUGGGGAAGGCAGGCGUGGGCCGGCCCGUGUCUAAACUGGAGUCCCCCACCUCGGAGGGCCCGGUCCAGGCUAUAUUACGUCGUCUCGGUAGCCUCCAGAGACACAAGGACCAGGAGGUGGGGACCAAACUAAAAGGGAAGAGCCUGGGAGCAGAGGGGAUCACCAAGCCCCCCAGGAGGAAGCUGGGGGUCCGGGCCAGCGUGUGGGAGCAGAGGUCCCCGGAGGUGGGGAGUCAAGCGGAUGAGGGCGUAGCGAUGAGGAAACCCAGUAGGAGGAAGCAGCACACUCCCCACAGCUCCCCAGCUGACAUGGGAAACACUGACGCUGGCACUGACACUCAUCCACCACCAGAAGGCGCCACUGCCACCGCUACGCCUAGAAGGCCCCUGUCCUCCAUUUUGAUGAGUGUGCCGGAAGUCGAUGGUUCAGAGGUGAGGGGUGAGGAUGGCAAACCCAGCAUGCAGACUGAGAAUGGAUAUCUGUUGGUCGGACCCCCUGGAGUUUUAACGGAUUCUGUGAGUCUCAGUGAAGUCAUAACCAAUAAAGGAGUGGUGACCAGUGAGGGUGAUGAACCUAACCUAUAUGAGAACGUGCAGAUUAUGCAUUCCUAACUUCAAAAUUCAAAAAGGUAUUCGGUUUCCACCCACCAUGCAUCCAUGUCCUACGUGGUUUUGGGGUAAGAAGGCAUGUAGGAGAAGAACCUUCCGGACCCCUGCCAACCCAGUCACCCCUGAUCAGCUGGCAGGCAGAGGGCAGACGGGCAGUACAGGUCAAUGGACCAAACUUCUCUCUCUCCGUCUGUGGCCCUCAGCAACUGGCCAUCGGUUCCAUAGAGACUAAUAAGACUGUGUACACACCACGUCCACCAACACACUUCAAAAUGAUCAAUGAAAUGGCUGCAGUGUGCUAGACUAAAACUCUGUGUAUCUCCCAGCAUCUAGAUAUAUUAUACUUAACUGUAAAUGUGUAUAUCAAUUGUAAAUGUGUAUAUAUAUCAUACUGUAUAUCAACCCCUCAUAUCUCAUUAUCUUAUAUUACUGCUCAUCACUCACGUGUGUAUAGUUGUAUGUAAGCCCUUAAUUGUUGCGUAUUCAGUGUUAUCUAACACUGGCAGCACUGUUACACAGAGUAUAUAUUAAUGGUUGAAUAACACUCAUUCUAAAUAUGGUUCUAAUUCUUUCUCAAAUGACAGUUGGCUUGUGUAGCUACACUAGUAAGUACUGAAGGAGACAUUUGAAGACUAGCCCAACUGUCCUUUAGUUAACAAUUGCUCCUGAAAUUAACUAGUAAAUGUUACACUAUUGAAAAUAUCAACAAUACAAUUUUAACAUUUAAUUUCCCAAUACUAUUAUUUCUCCUUAUAUGUUAAGGAUCUGGAUCCCAUUUAGUUAAUUUAAUAGGUCCAGUUUCCAUGUGGUGUCAAAACAGGAUGACAAUGCAUGCAGUCAAUAUGGUAAGAGCUAAAUGUAACAUGUACAGAACACACUGUAUAUCGUACAACAAAGCGAUUGUAUUGAAAAUACCUCAAGGGGUUGUAUUGACAUUGUGACAACUAAACAAAAAAUAAUAAUUCUGUCUGUCUUCGUUGUUUAGUUAAAUGUUGCUGUCAUCUCUAGCUGUUUGGAGGUGCCAGACUGAACCACCCUGGCAGCACUAGGCACAUUUUUACAGAUCAUCACUUGUCUGUGAUAGUGACACAGAGUGCCUACUAAAUGACACCCUAUUCCCUUAUCGAAGUGCACUACAAAGGGAAUAGGGAUCUAUUGAGGACACUGAGUGAAAUAAAACAAGGAAAGCAAGGAAACUGAAGACAGGAAAUGGAUUAUGACAUUGUUAUUGCAUGCCUGGCUGAAUAUGUGCCAUGCAUAUUUGACAACACAGGCCGCUCCUGUCACGGAGAUACAGGUAGAUCCAAUAUUGGUGACCACUCCCAUCUGCUACAUUCACCACUGACAGAUACAUUGUGAUCACUUGAUCCCCUUUAAUCUAAUUCACAAAUGUUUCCAACAGUGGUGAAUAAACCAGUCAAUCAGGCUUAUGAUGAAGCUCGGGACUGCAGGCACUGUCAACACGGAGUGGAAUUUAGUUGUCUUGUGAAUGUAGUGCAGUGUCUCAUGAGACAACACAUCCCGUAUCCAUUCACACUGCAACACCUGCUGGGCCAAUGCUGCUGUGGUUGUUAGUCUUCUAUGCCUGUCAUUCACUAGGUGAUAGUAGAGUCUCCGUAUCACAUAGUCCAUCCAACUUUAGUGCUGGAGUUGCAGGGAAAUAGACUCCAGAAACGAGUCCUUGGUUAUUUUUAUUCUCACAAAUCUUUUUGUGAUCGUUGUAAGAAACAUGUGGAAGCCCAUUCCUGCCGUGUGUGU